CCUGUCCGUUGAACCGGAAGUUCCUCGGUCCGACCUCCGUUGUCAGUCUGCCGCGAAAGUCGGUGUGGUUUAGUGAGUAACGGGGUUUUGAAAAGAAACUGUGUUUGAGCUAAAAGAAGGUUGCACUGGGCCCCGGAAUGCCGGCGGGGAAGAGCUACCGCAGGAGGAGAGAGGAAGAGUCGGAUGAGGAGGAUGAGCAGAGGGUGGUGGAGGUCAGGUCAAAAUUAGAUGAACUAAAGGAAAUCCAGAGUCUGAGGAGAAGGCAAAAUGGAGUGAGUGCGGCUGCCCUGCUGGUCGGAGAACAAGCACCAGAAGAAACAUCAACUGUGGAUGACCCUUUUAAACUGAAGACUGGUGGUAUGAUUGAUAUGAAGUUGAUAAAGGACAAAAAGAGAGAAAGGGUUGAAGAAGAGGACACAGACUUGAACCUGGGCACAUCGUUUUCAGUGGAGACCAACCGACGGGAUGAGGACGCUGACAUGAUGAAGUACAUCGAGACAGAACUAAAGCGGAGGAAGGGCAUCCUGGAGAAUGAGGAACAGAAGGCAAAGGUCAAAAACCCAGAGGACCAACUGUAUGAGUUGCCUGAUAGCAUCAACGUUUCAUCUGCCAAGCGCACGGAAGAAAUGCUAUCCAAUCAGAUGCUGAGUGGAAUUCCUGAGGUGGAUUUGGGAAUCGAUGCAAAAAUAAAGAACAUUAUCAGCACAGAAGAGGCAAAAGCCCAGCUCCUGGCAGAACAGCGCAACAAAAAGAAGGAUAACGGUACUUCUUUCGUACCCACCAACAUUGCAGUUAAUUAUGUUCAGCAUAACCGAUUUUACCGGGAGGAAUUGCAUGCACCUGCAAAACGCAAUAAAGAGGAAGCAAAACCUCGGCCUCUGAGAGUGGGAGACACUGACAAACCAGAACCUGAACCAUCGCCUCCAAAUCGCAAACGCCCUUCCAAUGAAAAGGCAACGGACGAUUACCAUUAUGAAAAGUUCAAGAAAAUGAGCAGAAGGUACUGAAGCGCUGCCCGAUGUUCUAUUCUUUUGUUAAUCUACAAGAGUACCAGCGUCCUCGAGUGAUGUGGAAACGAGACCGAUGAGUUUGAAACUGUUUGUAGGGGAGACGUGAGCAGUAGUCAGACUUUCAGGGCUGAACCAAUGUCCUUUUAUUUCCUUAAGUUAAGGUAGAGAAGGAAUGAAAACUGACAGCAGAUUGUGGUUCAAAAAUGAUCUUGAGGUAAGAGGGAACAAUGGACGUCAUGUGAAUUUAUCUUGGCUGUCUAAUUCUGGUUCAUAUUCAUUUCUACUUAUGAAUCCUGUCGAAAGCUAGAUUGGAAGAUUAUCCAAUGGCUCAUGAGCAUUUUAUAAGGCUAUUAUCACCUCCAGAGUUGCAAUAGCUCUCAAGCUCCAAUUUGUAAGUCUUCCUGUAAGAACUGAAUUACAGUGUGGUGUUAUAGUGUAUACACUGCAGCUCCGAUCCUAAACUUACUCAUUCAUUUACUAAACUGCUGCAUAUGAUAUUUUGAUCUGUAAAGUUGCUACGUGUCACAGAUGUAAUCUUGUAUAAACGUCUUUGUGUAUGUAUCUAAAAUAAACUUCUUAUCCUUGUUUUAUGAUUUUAUAUAAA